AUGGUUUCGUUGAAGAUCCAGAAGCGGCUUGCAGCCUCAGUGCUGAAGUGCGGGAAGGGGAAAGUAUGGCUCGAUCCCAACGAAGGGAGUGAUAUCUCCAUGGCCAAUUCUCGCCAAAACAUCAGGAAGCUUGUGAAGGAUGGUUUCAUCAUCAGGAAGCCAACGAAGAUCCACUCUCGUUCCAGAGCUCGCCGUAUGAAGAUUGCCAAAAUGAAGGGUCGUCACUCUGGUUAUGGUAAGAGAAAGGGUACCCGUGAGGCAAGGUUGCCAACAAAGGUAUUGUGGAUGAGGAGGAUGAGAGUUCUGAGGCGUCUUCUGAAGAAGUACAGGGAGUCGAAGAAGAUUGACAGACACAUGUACCAUGACAUGUACAUGAAAGUCAAGGGAAACGUCUUCAAGAACAAGCGUGUCUUGAUGGAGAGCAUCCACAAGUCGAAGGCUGAGAAGGCCAGAGAGAAGACUUUGUCUGACCAGUUUGAGGCUAAGAGGGCUAAGAACAAGGCUAGCCGAGAAAGGAAACAUGCUCGCAGAGAGGAACGUCUUGCCAAGGGUCCUGGAGGAGGAGACAUACCUGCCGCCGCACCACCUGCGCAAACCGCAGAGGUCCCAGCGAAAAGGUCUAAGAAGUGA